AUGCAAGUGCCGUUCAAACGACUCAAUAGUAUUGUCUUAGAUGUGGACACUUUUGCACUCAAUAUGCAGGCAUUGGAUGUGUUUGCGGACAAAUACGGGCAUCAAAUGAAGACAAUUGUAUUGAAGACUGUUUGGUCACUUCAAGUGUCGGGACUGAGUGUCGCGGGACUGUCGCUGACCAGCCAUUCAUUGGCGCCUUUGAAACGAUUAACUCAUUUAGAUUUAGGGUAUUUGGACAUAAAGUUAGUUAAUAUGAGCGACAAGUCGUUGAUAUCAUUGUCUGGAUUGAGACAAAUCCGUGGCAUUACUCUCACCGGCAAUACUAAAGACUGGAACCGAAACAUUAGUAAAAGAGUUGUCAAAAAUCUGAUCACUAAUUGUCCCAAAAUAUGUUUCAUUAAAUUCUAUAGAAUUUGAAGUUUUAUUGUAAUUAAUAUAUGUUUUAUUUUCACAAAAUUGUUUGAUUAUAAC